UGCUUUACCAAUCACAUUUAACUCGCUGUCAAUCAAUCAAUCUCCUCGAUUUACUUCGAUUUUACCACACUGUAAAAGGGCGGCUAGAGGACAUGCACAGUCGACGUGCAUAUGUAAUUUACCGACCAACUUUCCCUCCCACUUCACUUAGAAAUCGUUGAACUGCAAUCUGAUUGGCUGUCGGCAAAUCUCAUUAUUCAUUACAAGCCGACUGUAUAAUGUCACCAACACCAGUUAACUAUCAAUAUAGUGUUGAGGUGUUAGGAUAUGUUAUCUUAUUGUGAAAGAAGUGGAAACGGUCAAAGAAACAUGAGUACUGGACCCCUGGGUUUGUUAGAUGCCCGGUAUGCUCACGGGUAUGGAUUGUUAUCCUCCCUCUCGGGGUACGCAGCACAUUUUGGGGGACCCUUUGCAUCCUUAGGAUUCGGAAAUCCUUACGGAAUUGACUUUGGUCCCCAUCAUGGAGGACAUGGAGCAUACAUGGAGGGUCUCAUGUCAUCAUCCUCCCCCACCUCCAGAAAUUCUAGUUCCUCCCUUCCGAUGGGGAGCCCAUCCACCAAGAGUUCAGCAAAAUCUCCAGACUCUAGCGACGAUGACAGAGAAAGCGCAGCAUCCAAACGUCGUCGGACGAGGACAAACUUCACAGGAUGGCAGCUAGAGGAGCUGGAACGAGCAUUCCAGGACAGCCACUAUCCCGACGUCUUCAUGAGGGAAGCGUUAGCUCUCAGACUGGACCUUGUAGAAUCCAGAGUGCAGGUAUGGUUUCAAAACAGGAGAGCCAAAUGGCGCAAGAAAGAAAACACCAAGAAGGGGCCGGGACGUCCUGCUCACAAUGCUCACCCUCAGACCUGCAGCGGCGAACCAAUGGACCCCGAUGAAAUCAAGCGUAGAGAGCAAGAAAAAAUGGAACGCAAAAAAAGGAAACAAGAAGAGAGACUCCGAAAACUUGAAGACAGAAGAAAACAAAUGCAAGACCAGAAACAAGGCCCGUAUAGCAGACUCUCGGAUUCGGAAACUCCUCGGUCGAAAGCCGAUAACUCGAAUAUGUCUGUGUCAAGUUGUAAUGACAAUUCAGACAUCUCCAUUCACGAGGAUACACACGACGAUGAUAACGAUGAGGAAGACCAACUUUCAGACCAGGAAAACAGAAAGUGUUCAUUUAGCAUAGACAGUCUUUUAGAAGCUUCAAAGGUUCCACGUGGCAGAAGACCCAACUCCAAGUAUCCCCGUGUUCAAGCAAGCAAAUCAGUUAACGCUCUUGGUUUGGGCAUGAUGCCUUUGUUUCCAAUUACACAGCCGGUUGGAUUUAUCGUGGAACAAAGAUCGCAUGCUCCUUUAUCUGAUGAUGAAAUGUCAAUUAAUUCUGACGACGAAUCUGUACACGAAAAUAUCUCUUCAAAUGAAGACAGUCAGAUCAACGUGGAACAAUUCAGUGAAGUCGAGGAGGACGGGGGAAAAUCGACAAUACCGUGUCCCAGUCCUUCUGACCCUUGUUCAUAGCAUCAGCUCCCCAAUACAAUGUGUAUUAACUUGUAAUUUCUUUCCAUUUAUCAGAAUACAAUAGAGAAAACGAGUUACAGAUUCGUUUCCAUGAUAAAAUAUCCAUUGUAUUCAUUAUCAUAAUACUAGUACAUGUAUUUCACUACAUUACCGGCUCCUGCUUCCGAAGGGCUAGUGCAAUGCUUUAACUGUCCGUAGCUGUUUGUAUAGAAUAUAUUGCAAUGCCGUUAUCUAGGGAAUAUUCAGUCCUUUUUAUUUUCUUUGAAAUAGCUAAGGAAAAUAUAUUUAUGUUCAUGAUUUGAUGUUGAAAUUAAAAAGAAGUAAACAGUCA